ACGUGGGCGAGACGAAUCGGGAGGAGUUGGAGGGCUUGCCGACUCGAGGCAGGAUUGGUCUCCCACCGCCCCCAUCUUCUCGGCUGCCAGGGCGCUCGGGCCGGCCGGCUGCGUGGCUGAGCCUCUGCCAGACCAAGGCGAAGCCCCCUCCUCGCCCGCCCCCAUUGCUGCGAUCUUUCCCCGCUCUGCAUCUUCAUCUUCAUUCAUUCAUUCGUUCAUUCAUUCGUCCGUUCAUUCAUUCAUUCAUUCAUCCAUCUCUCUCUUUCUCUCUUUCUCUCUCUCUCUGCCACCGAUCCAGCCACCCACCCACCCCCGUGACGAGCGGAGGCGGGCGGGGCCCCUCGGCCAUGGCCACCUGCUGCGCGGAUUCGCCGCCGAGCUCCACGCACGUCCGGGACCAGCCGGGCGCUCGGGGGGCAGCCGGGCGCACCUGAACCGAACGGACCCCACCUUCCUUCUUUCCUUCCUUCCUUCCAUCCAUCUAUCCUAGCCAGCCAGCCAGCCGGGCGCUCGCACGCUUCCCCCCCCCCCCGAAGGGACUUUAUGCGGAGGCUUCCGAGACCCCCUUGGAGGCCGGCGUGGGCUCCUCUGUCUCUGCUUUCGGGGGGAAGAGGUCGGGGAGGAGGAGGAGGAGGAGGAGGAGAGGAUCCGGCCGGCAGCCCCCCUAACGGCCUCGGCAUCACCGGAGGCGAGGAGGAGGAGGAGGAGGAGGAGGAGGAAGGGGCUCAGAAUCUCUACCGCGGAGGAGCAGCCCGGGGAGGCGGGAAGCAGACCUGUAGGAACAGCAGAGCCGCCUGCCUGGAAGGGAGAAGAUGCCAUUCCAUCAUGUCACGGCUGGGCUGCUGUACAAGGGAAACUAUCUGAACCGGUCCCUCUCAGCAGGAAGCGACAGUGAACAGUUGGCCAACAUCUCAGUGGAAGAAUUGGAUGAAAUUCGGGAAGCUUUCCGAGUCCUGGACCGGGAUGGCAAUGGCUUCAUUUCCAAGCAGGAGCUGGGAAUGGCCAUGCGCUCUCUGGGAUACAUGCCUAGCGAGGUGGAACUGGCCAUUAUUAUGCAGCGGUUGGACAUGGAUGGAGAUGGUCAAGUUGAUUUUGAUGAAUUCAUGACGAUCCUUGGGCCUAAACUGGUCUCCUCAGAAGGGCGGGAUGGCUUUUUGGGCAAUACAAUUGACAGCAUAUUCUGGCAGUUUGACAUGCAACGGAUAACACUGGAGGAGCUUAAACACAUCCUCUAUCAUGCAUUCCAGGAUCACUUAACAAUGAAGGACAUUGAAAAUAUUAUCAUCACUGAAGAGGAGAGUUUAAAUGAGAACUCUGAGCGCGUUGAAGAAGUGAAAUGUUUCACUUGUACAGUGCAUUCCCAGAAACAAAACCGACAGACCUGCGUACGGAAGAGUUUAAUAUGCGCUUUUGCUAUGGCCUUUAUUAUCAGCGUCAUGUUGAUCGCAGCCAAUCAAAUCCUCCGAAGUGGCAUGGAGUAGCCAUAACACUGUGAAACAAAUGAUCCACGCAUGCGCAUGCUGCCCGGUGAACUUUCUCCCUGACCAACUUUCAAAUCAACGGGCAAAGGAGAGAGAGAGAAAGAAAGAGAGAGCAGGUGUGAACGAGAGCGAAGGUUAAGAGGAACGGUUCAGCAAGGAAACUGUAUCCGGCAGCAUAUCUGUAAAUCAACCAUAUCCUCUUGGCAGGGACAUCAAAGGGCUGUCUUAAUGCUUUAAUGGUUUUUUUUUUUCCGUUUCCUAAUGCAAUAAAAAAAAAGAAGAAAACCAUAA